UGUGUGACAUUGUUUCACGUUUCAAGAUCACAUAAAAAACAAGUCUAUGGGAGAAGCUAUAAAGAGGGUGCCAAGGAACAUGGAUAAGUAUGAUUGGGAAUGGCUUGUGAGAGUUCAUUACCAUAGUGACAGCUACAAGAAAAUCGGUGGGAAAAAUUCUGAAAACAGAGGUGCAGUAACCACAGCGUACGGGAAGUAAGCCAUUUUGACAUAUAAAGUAUGCCAUGGGUGGAAGUUCUAGAAAUCCUCCAAGUUCUGAGAAGUUUUGGUUCGACACUCACAAAACAGGAAAUAUCCUAGACAAGCCCGAAACUGUGAAAAAACAUGAAAUGAUCAAGAAGACAAUUCAAGAAAAUCCAGAGAUGGAGGUAUUUGAUGUUAUAGAAGAAUGUUUUGGGAGGCAAAAUAAAGGAUAUGUGGCUGGGUAUGGUGGUUCUGUCAAGCCUAAGGAUCUAAGAGGACCUCUACCAAACAGAUUUGACCUUGAAAUGAAGUUAAAACAAGCUGGAAAAGUUAAUGAAGUGUUACUGGGAAGAAUAGAACAUGUGGAAGCAGAAAACAGAACAUUCGCUGCUCGUUUAAAUGAAGUUGAAGAAAAAUUUGAGGGAAAACUUCAGGCCAUUGAUGCUUUUGGUGAUGAGUAAGGCUCAAGAAAAGAUGAGUAAGCUUAGUGACUACUCUGAUAAAGUGCCUCAUUUCUACUAGCUUCCUUGCUGACUGCUCUCAAGUUAAGUUGGUGUUGCUGAUAUGCUUACUUGAUGACUGCUCUGCUAAAGUGCCUUAUUUCUACUGGCUCACUCUUCUCUGUUGUAGAAUUUCAAUUUGAAUUUUUAUAUAAUUAGUCAUCAGAUAAACUGGAAAUGAACUUCAUGGUAUUUGUAUGUCUUGUGGUGGUUUUAAUAAUGGGCCACUGCUGUUGAUUUGGAUUUUGUGAAACUGGAAAUGACUUCAUGGUAUUUGUAUGCAAUGAUGA